AUGACGGCCGUCGCAACCGCCCCCGUGAUGAGCAACCACGAGAACGGUUCCGACCACAGUCCCUCGCGCUUCACUGCGGUAAAUGGAAGGGAAUCAGCAUCGGGUCCAUCGUCGUCAAAACCUCCCGGGAACAGUGAUCAAGAUUCAUCGUCCGGCCCGAGAGAACCAAGCCUGGGACUGGGACACUCGAACUCGGCUGAGCGCCAGGACCACGAUCGCGGCAGCGGCAAUUUUCGCCCAUCACCAUCACCCAACCCCAACUCCAAUCACCACAAGCGAAAGCGAUCUGAAUCCAGGGAGCUGCAAGAUCAUUCCCCACGCGAUCUGACGGGCUUCAACCGUGGCCCUUUAGAUCGUCCCGUCGAUGUCGACGGCCCGCCCGCUUCCAAUGGAGCGGGGUCAGUGUCCGGCUCGGGCUCGGGCUCAAUCUCAGAGUUCGAAACAUCCCAUCAUGGACCUGCAUCGGCCCAUCGAUCCGACACCAAUGAUGCACCGUCCUCCACGGGGCCGUGGCCCGAUUAUGAUUCCCAGUUGAUCAGUCAGGCACAACGCGCCCAGCAGUUCGAUCCGUCCGAUGCUCAUCUGGCGGAUGCCCUGCAACGUGAAGCACAAGGUCAAGAACGGGACUUAGGCACUCGCCUCCUCCCGUCAUCAUCGAUUGGACCACCAACUUCUUCGACAUAUCCAUCGGACCGCUCACCGGCUGCCGUCCAGGUGGCACCAAAGAGGAAGCGCGUCUUCAGCAAUCGAACCAAGACUGGCUGUAUGACAUGUCGUCGGCGGAAAAAGAAAUGUGAUGAACAACACCCUGCCUGCAACAAUUGCAUUCGUGGAGGCUUUCUAUGUGAAGGUUACACGUCGCGGAGUAUGUGGCAGAAGCCUUCCAGUGCCAAAGGACCCGUUCCAUUGCAGUCUAAAGAUGGCUACGCGGAGGUUGGUGGUCAGUAUCUACCAGAAACUCCCCAACCUCACGAGCGGCCGGCGGGAAUGGUCGAACACGCACACGCGGAACGCAAGAUGCGACCUGCGGUGGUCGAUGAGGGGAGCGCCCAGCCCGCUUACGUCCCCGAGCACAUCCCAAAGCCAGAUUAUCGAGAAGUUCCACCCGUUCACGAAAUGCCACCUCGAGAAGGCCCCCCGAAACCAGACUACGCGGUCGUACCCCCAAUUCGCGAAGUUCCGCCAGGCCCUCAUCCCAAAGCCAGCAUGCCUCUAUUCCAAGGCGGGGGAGUCGAGCAACAACAACAACGGCCAUCCCUCCCGCCCACAGCGCCAAUGGAUACAAACAGCCCGCAAGCACAAGCCCGAAUGGCACUGAGCAUCGAGCAUCAAAUUUCCGGCCGCGCGGUUUCCGGAGAAGAGACCGAAAAAGAGAAAAUGAUCCGAGGAGAACUUUACCGUCCUUUCGACGUGCAAUUAGUCGAAGAGCGCGAUCGAUGCCGCCGCGCGUUGUGGCGAUUCAAUAACGCCUGCAACCCCGUCCACGGCCUGAGUUCGAAAGAGCAAAAUCGCCUCCUGAAGGAGAUUCUCGUUCCGCCUUCUGAUUCCGUCACCAACUCGCCGUCGGGCAUGUCUGGUGCGCCUCGCUCCAUUGGCUCGAUCGGUCAAGGUGCCGUCGUUGAGAGUUCGUUUACGUGCAACUACGGGUAUAAUAUCCACAUCGGUGAAGAUGUGAUGAUAUCCCAAGGUUGUUUAUUUGUUGAUGACUGCAUUAUCAAUAUCGGGGCUCAUACCUGGAUCGGGCCCAAUGUUACUUUGCUCAGUUCUAUGGCUCAUUCUAGUAUGCAGGAGCGCAAGGGAUCGCAGAGUCGAUACCAGGGGAGACCGGUUACUAUUGAAGAGGAUUGCUAUCUUGGUGCUGGUUGUACGAUUUAUCCUGGCGUGCACCUGGGUCGUGGGGCUUAUAUUGCGCCUGGAGAGGUGGUGAAGACUCAUAUUGUUGCUUAUGGCUUCCAGGGGUUUAAGCCUAGCUAUAUGUGA